CGCCCGGAAGCUGUCACAGGUCCCGGAUGUGGAGUCCGCGCUGAGUGUGAGCAGCCGCUCCGGGGAGUGAAGGUCAGCGGCCCUCCGAGCGGUUACCAUGGAGACACAGGAAGUCAGCGGCGGCCAUGAUGGUUUCUGGCAAAUCCCGGACACAGACUGAGCAUGCGCGGAGACAGGGGGCGGGGCCUGAUACAUGACGUCAUAUCGGCGCGAUCCACAGUAAUCCUUCCACUGUCUGCAUUCCCUGACACAGUGCGGGGAGUCUGGGAGAGAGAGCCAGGUAUCACCACUGUGAGUUUGAGGAAGUGGCCGUUUACUUCUCCGAGGAGGAGUGGAGCUUUACCGGGAUGUGAUGAUGGAGAAUUACCAGACCCUCAGCUCUCUGGGAUUCAUCAGUUCAACACCUCCAAUUAAAUCUGUGAUGGAGCAAGGAGAAGAACCCGAGCAAACUAAGAGAUCGGGUCCGGUUACUGCUGAGGCAGAUUGCUCAAUAAAAAGUCCUUCUGAACAAUGUUGCCAGGAUGGAAGUGCACCAACCAAGAGAAGAAAGACCCAGGGCUCCAAUUCAAAUGAAAAAAAUUGCUCCACAAACAGCAGACCUUCUGAAGAAUGUUGCAAGGAUGUGAAUGCAUCAAGUGAGACUACAAAGUCCAAGGACUUUAGUACAGAUUUUUCAAUAAACCGCAGUCCUGAAGAAUGUUUCACGGAUGAAAUGGCACCAGUUGAGAGAACAAAGAACAAGGACUUCAAUUCAAAUUGCUCCAUAAACAAAGGUCUUGAAGAAUGCGGCAAGGAUGGAAACAAAACAAUUGAGAAAACAAAGAAACAGGACUCUAGUUCAAGUGAAAAAAAACCCAUGAAUUUUGUGGACGAGCUACUCAAGAAGCCUUUCCAAAAUAUGACAUUUCAGGAGAGGCUAGAAGUGAAGAGGUUGGGUCCUCACCAACCACACAUUGUCAUCAAGCAAUCUUCAAAAGAACGAGGAAAAGAAAUUAACCGCAAGUUUAGCCAGCAGUGGUUUGAGAAGAAGAAAUGGCUUUGUGCAAGCAUUUCUAAAUCUGCCUUAUUUUGUUUUCCGUGCCUGUUAUUUGGUGGCGAUGCUCCUUGGACCAAAUCGGGAGUCAUAGAUAUCAAACAUUUGCCUGACAAAAUUAAGAAGCAUGAAGCCUGCACAACACACAUAGAAAAUUGUCUAAAGCUUGGAACUUUUGGAACAGUGGAUAUUGGAACCCAGGUGAAUAGAACCUUUCUCAUAAGCAUUAGAAAGCACAAUGAAGAGGUGGACCGGAACCGACACAUUCUUUCAAAGCUUAUAGAUUGCAUACGUUUCUGUGGUACUUUUGAAUUGUCAUUAUGUGGCACUAAAAAAUCUGAAUGGUCUUCAAAUAAUGGGGUGUAUUUGGAGUUGGUGGAUUUUGUUGCUAGUAUAGAUACUGCAAUGGAACAACAUUUGAAAACAUCAGCUGUCUUUAAAGGCAUCUUUAAAACUAUCCAGAAUGAGCUACUCGACUGCAUGUUUGAUGUGAUCAGGCAAGUCAUUCUACAAGAACUUAAAGAGGCAGAGUUCAUUGCAGUGCAGGUCAAUGAGAUAACAAAUAUGGUAAUAAGGACCCAGUCAGCUUUAGUGUAUCGGUAUAUUCAUAAAAACAAAGUCAUAGAAAGAUUUUUUGGCUUCACAGCUGUGGAAGGGUCUUAUGCGGAAACAACUGCUGCAUCUGUGCUGGAAAAUCUAACAAUGGUUUUUCCAGAGCCAAAUGACAAGAAACGGUUAAUAGCACAAAGUUAUGAUGGAAUUAGUAUGAGGCAUGGGGAAUCUGGAGGACUGCAAAAAAAGGUAAAGGACAUAUACCCAAAUGCUCAUUAUGUACACUGUUAUGCACACCAAUUAGAAUUAAUUAUUCAGCAAGUGGCAUCUCAAAUCACACCAGUGCGAGUAUUCUUUUGUGGCUUGUCAGCUAUGGCAGCUUAUUUUUCACAGUCUCAGCAGAAGACAGCCGUGCUUAACGAAGUAUUAGGGAACCGACGUCCAAGAGUUGCAUCUAUACGUUUGAACUUUAACAUAAGAACAGUGAAUGUCGUCUUUGAACUCAAACAAGACCUUAUCGAUUGUUUCAAAGCAAUAUUGUCUCGUGCACAGCAUUUUGAUACGGCGUCGGUCAGUGAGGCCAAAUCCUACGCCAGGUUACUCGAAGAUCGAGAGUUCCUCUACUUCCUUUAUUUGUUUUGUGACAUUAUGACAUAUGCUGAUUUACUUUACAGUCAACUCCAGAGAAAGGACAUAGAUAAUGUUUUAAUUAGUAAAGUGACCUCCGAUUUUACCAGCAGCAUACAGAAGAUUUCCGACUCUAUUGAGAGUAUAGAAGGAAGAUUGCCAGAGGUUUCAGCGCAUGUUCAGCAUAGUAGGGAAGACAUUGCCACCCUAAAUCAAAUAGGAAAGCUGGUGUGUGAUAUUGUAACUGCGCAUGUAAAGGAACGUUUUGCUUUUUCCAGCCACCUUGUGAGCGCCACUCUGUUUGCACCUGAAUUAUUUGACAAGUAUCUACUUCGAUUUCCUUUUAAAACACUGGACGAGACUGUGAACAAAUAUCCAAUGCUUAAUAAGGACAAGCUGCGCACGGAGCUGGAUAUUAUCUACAGGAACAGGAAGUUUCAUUGCUGCAGUGGAGCUGUGGAUCUUUUUUUAUUUCUAGUUACGCUUUUUCAGAGACUUGCACACUGUUAA